AUGGAAGCAGAUAUGGCAAAGGAAUUGUUUACUGAUAAUCCGUUGUUCAAGGAACUUAAUAUCUAUGGUGCUAGGCUAAUUAUGGAUAACGAUUCCAGUACUAUCGCAUUAUUACGUAAAGUUUGUACACAUGAUAUUGAGCUUUGGGCUGAUAAGAAUCAUACGGUGAAAUCUUUGUCCAACGCUUUGCAUAGGUUGUCUGUGGCAGCGGGACUGGUAGACUAUUUUACUGAAAAUUUUAGUGGUGUGAUCGCGGAAUGUAAAGGUCAACCUGAUAUUCUUAAAGAAAGAUUACAGGCAAUAGUGCCUCAUGCAUUUGGAGAUCACACUCUCUGUACUUUUCAUGAAGAUAAAGAGAAUUAUGAGUAUAAAAGGUUGCCUGGAAAAAAACCUUUAGAUAAUAAAGAUCUUAAAACUGCUUUGGAAGAAAUAUUCAGUCGUUUUAUUAAUGAUGUUAAAAAAAUUGCACCAGCAGCAUCCACACAAGCGAAUGAAUCUUUUAACCAUCUAGUCGCAUCAAAAUGUCCGAAAUCAAAACACUUUUCCGGAUCUGAAUCGUUUUCUUUCCGAGUUGCAGCAGCAGUAUGCCAAAAAAAUUUGGGUCAUGAAUGGAUCAAUUCAGUCUUUGAAAGAUUAACUUUUAGUCCUGUAAAAGCAGGUAUAAAGUACAGAAUUGUUAGAGAGUUGAAAAAAAUUAGAAAAAAUUUGUAUGCUAGUAGUCGUGUAGGAAAGUUGCGCAAGAAAGCUUUGAAAAUAGCACGAUCUUCAAAAUCAAGUGGUCAAAAAAAAAAAGAAGGUAUCACUUAUAGAAGUGAUGUAGGGCUAAGUGGUGUACUUGAAAUUCCACUUAAUAUUCCAAUUAAUUUGCCCAGAGUAACCAAUGCUAUACCUCAUCCAGUGUUACCUAGUCAUAAUCCCGAUGGUUCCCAGAAUUAUAAAUUAAUCUAUGUUGAUACCGAAACCACUGGUCUGAAUCCGAAGAAAGACCAAAUAAUCCAGAUUGCUGCUUAUGAUGGCAAUACAUCGUAUAGUGCUCACAUAGUUCCAACGGUACCGAUUGCACUAAUGGCAUCACUGAAAACUGGUUUAACGAUUAAAAGUAGCAGUUUGUUUUAUCGAGGAAAAAAGUUGGCAAGUGUAUCUAGGCAACAAGCUGUAGAUGGAUUCUUGAAUUAUUUAGAAACAUUCAAAUCCAAUCCUUCUCGUCCACAUAUUAUUUUAGUUGGCCAUAAUGUUAUUCGGUUCGAUGCCGAGAGAAUCAAACCUUUACUCGAACAGUUUAAUUCGUAUGAUAAGUUCGUUAAUUUAGUACAUGGAUACGCUGACACCUUGAAUAUUUUCAAGAAGAAGCUACCUGAAAGGGCGAAGGAUAAAAAGAAUUCUUGGACCCAAGAAGCUCUAAUCCAGGAGUAUUUACCUAAUAUAAAUAUUGCUCUUCUACAUGAUGCGUUAGAGGAUAUUAAAGCUUUGAAAAGUCUAGUCGAUAUUUUAGAUGUUUCUUAUGAAGAAAUAGUUAGUGAUACAAACAUAACAUUCAAAAGACGCGCGCUUGACAUGCGCAAUGUAACUAACAUGGCUACCGUCGGCUAG